UCGUCGCUUUCAUCGUCUUCUUCUCCUAUGUUGAAGGCACGUCAUCACAAUGCCAGCCCAGAGACUACGGCAAAGGCAGCGUGGUAUGCGUGUGCAACGCCACAUACUGCGACUACCUCGGGGAAGUGAGCCAGGUCCCUCAGGGGCAGAUCCUUGUUUUCGAGAGCAACAAGGCAGGGCUCAGGUUUUCCAAGACGACCGGCACCUUCAACGAGCAAUCAGACGAAUCGCAAAGUCACGAUGACACCGUAACCAUAGUCAUCGACACGUCCAAAACCUACCAGAAAAUUUACGGCUUCGGCGGAGCCUUCACCGACGCCGCUGGCAUCAACAUCAAGUCGCUGCCUAAGAACAUGCAGGAAGACAUCAUACGGUCGUACUACACCGACGAAGGACUGUCUUACAAUAUUGGCCGUGUGCCAAUGGCAAGCUGCGAUUUUUCAGUGCGACAGUACACGUACGCGGACUCACCGGGUGAUUUUGCCCUGGCGAACUUUUCUCUUGCGACUGAAGACUACGAGCUGAAGAUUCCUUUAAUCAAGCGAGCGUUAAACGUGUCCAAGAAUGCCAUAUGGAUGUUCGCCAGCCCAUGGAGCGCACCAGCGUGGAUGAAGACAAAUGGGAAGCUUUAUCACGGCGGCUUUCUUAUCGGACAUCCAGGUGGACCAUAUUACAAGACGUGGGCGAACUACUUUGUCAGGUUCUUUCAAGAAUACGAACGCAAUGGGAUCAAAUUUUGGGGCCUUACGGCCGAGAACGAACCCACGGCAGGCUUCGUCCCCACCUACCCUUUCCAGAGCUUGGGAUUUACGCCCGCUUUACAGCGAGACUUCAUCAAGUUUGACCUAGGACCAGCCUUGGAAAAAGCCGGCUAUGGGCCGGACAAGAUCGCACUAAUGAUUUUGGACGACAUGCGGGUGUUUCUUCCAAUAUGGGCCAACUUGGUACUGAAAGAUAAGGAUGCAGCAAAGUACAUCGCCGGCGUUGCCGUACACUGGUACUUGGACUCUGUUACGGACGCCGCCAGGUUGGACGAAACGCACGACGCGUUCCCAGACAAGUUCAUUCUCGCCACUGAAGCCUGCAUGGGCGACAAACCAUGGAUUAAGGAGAAGGUGCAGCUGGGCAGCUGGGACCGCGCGGAAAACUAUUCGCACGACAUUCUUGAGGAUCUGCAACACUGGGUGACUGGCUGGGUUGAUUGGAACCUCGCAUUGGACAAAGAGGGCGGGCCCAAUUGGGUGAAAAAUUUUGUCGAUUCGCCCAUCAUCGUGGACGCUGAUGCACGCGAGUUCUACAAGCAGCCCAUGUACUACGCACUGGCGCAUUUCACGAAGUUCCUGCCACGGGGAAGCAUGCGAGUGGCAUCUAGGCGGGACAGCGGAGACGAAAACGGCCUGGAAUUCGGGGCAUUCAAGACUCCCCAAGGAGCGACGGUCGCGAUUGUGCUGAACCCCACCGGCAGUGAGCGCGACAUGCAGCUGAAGGACGCUUCCAGUGGUACAACCUACAAGAAGACAAUCACGCCCCGUUCCAUCAACACAUUCGUAUGGUGGUAGAAGGCACCACACGACAACGGCCGCAAGUAAACAUCGACCCAUCAACGUUAAAUUAAAACUGCUUUGCGCACUUGAAAGUGCAAUAUCAUUUAUAUCUAACUGACGCAACUCACCAUAUUGCCGCACUUCUAUACGCUAAGCAACAGUAAGCUCAAUGUUACGAUGGCUUAGCGGCGGAAUGACACACGGUGGGUAAAAUAAAUAAAAAAUUGAAAUUUUCUA